AUGAUAAGACGUGCCGGGGUCGUAUCUGAGUAUGAAACAAAGAGAUACGAUGAAAGUAUUUGGGACUGUUUUAAGAAACAUGGGCGUUUCUUUAUGGAGAAUCGGAUCAGCUGUAUAGCCGUCAACCACAAACUGCCCUAUAGAUACGCAGUCCCCAAAGGGAGAUCGAUCAUCAUAUACAAGGCAUCAACUGAUGUAAAACACCGAAGGAUUGGGGGUUUCUCAAAAGCUGUCACUUCAUGCAAUUUUCGUCCUGAUGGCAAAAUGAUCAUCGGUGGAGAGAAGGGUGGAUUUUUGCGGUUUUGUACCACAGAUAGGAACACCUACCAUCUCCGAAAAUUUCAGGCACAUGAAGGUGAUGUUCUUCAUGCAAAUUUCCUGUGUGACGGUCUAAAAGCCAUAAGUCUUGGGGAAGAUGGAUUUGUCAAAGUUUGGGACGUUUCCAUUGGCGAAUUACAUUCUAAAUUUCGUGUUAGCCAAGGUCACGAGCCUCCCAGCUGUAUGGCCGCUGGCAGAGUGAACACUAACCUCUUCUCUGUUGGUGAUUUUAACGGGACCAUAACUCUCUAUGACGUGAGACAGCCUGAGCCGACUCAUAAAUUUACUCUGCCGUCCACACCAUCUGCACUUCAUCUCGCCUGUGAUGAUAGUAUUGUCGUGUCGGCAGCGGAUCAUUACGUCUAUACCUGGGAAUCGUCUACCGGGAAGCCUUUUCUCCAGAAUGGCCUUGAUGCGCCCAAUGUUUCCACCCAUCCUGGCGGCUAUAUGCACUACAAACUCAUCACCGGUCUCACUGUGGUUCGAUGUUUUGAUGCACAUCAGGAUCCGCUUCUCCUCUCCACCGGAAUGGACAGACUCCUUCGCAUCACCAGCCUCAACACCUUCGAGGUGCUUCACCAGGAGCGUCUUGUUUCUCCCUGCACAGCUCUUGGCGCAUUUCCGGACUUGAGUUACGUUGUGGUUGGCACUGAGAGCGGUCUCGUCCGAACAUUCUCCUUUACCACACCCUCGCAGCUGUUGGAGCAGGUGGGGAAAAAGAGAAAUAAUACCAAUGCUGAUACGGACGAGCCUUUUGCUGUAGUCGACCCCCGAUUGAAAGCGAUGGUUUCUCGAUUCUCUGGCAAAUGGCGUGGCAUCAAUUUGGAAGAAGGAGAUAAGGCGCUCACCACUGAGGAGUGGUUCAAACGACCUGCCACAGUUGGAACUCGCAUUGCUCCAAAGGAUUGGGGUUUUAAGGGAUCUAGAGCACCACUUAUUCACGAGCACACAACAAUUUCGCGCGUCUCGGGGGCUAGUAGCAGCGCUGGAAGAACUCGCGAACCGGCGGAGAUCGCCCGACUUACCAGCAGAUUGCUAGGCUUCCAACACUCACGGGCACUGAGUGAGGCGCUUCGAGUCGGUUCACGUGCGCGUGCCGCCUCCAAGCGCUCGCCCAACGCUGACGCAGUGGCCGCUACGGCUCCGCUCGCAGUGCUGGCAGUGGUACGUGAGCUGUCCCGUCGUGGCGCCCUUCCCGCCGCAGUGGGAGGACAGACGGAAAAGGGGUUGGCGCGCCUCCUACGAUUCAUCCUGCGAAAUACCUGGCGCCCCUGGGCCACUCCCACUUGUCUGAAUCUCUUUAAGGUUAUCUUGAAGUUAUACAGGGCCUCGAUGCUUGCUGAGAACGAGGAGUACGCCAAAGUCUGCUGCCUGAUCCGCAACAUGUCGUUCAAUUUACAAAAGAUUAGUGCUCUCUCCAUUAAAAUGCGAGCUGUCUUGUACCCUGAAAAGGUCGAGGCCGCUCCGACACCUGUGCCGGAGGAUGGGGAGAGGGCGGCCGCCAGUCCGACGAUAAAGUCGUUAAAGCAAGGGAAGACGAAAUCGAAUAGCCAAUUGAUGAAGCGCCAGCUGUCGGAUAAGCCAGAGGGUAACAUCAAUAAGGGAGGAGAGGUAGUAGAUGUGGAACCGAAACAAGUCCCGCUUUCAAAGAAGUCGUCAAAGAUGAGGAAACUGCAUCUAUUGAACACCGUGAUUAUGGAGGAGGAGAAGGAAGAGGUCGAAGCAGAGUCGACAAAGCCUUCUAAAGCAAAGGAAAAGCGAUGUCAAUUAAAGGAGGCGUUAGAAGUGGACGAGAAUGCAAAUGAAGUCACCACGGAACAGAUAUCACCUAAAAAGAUCCCAAAGGGCCAAAAACGACGUCUGUCGGAGGUGGAGAUAGAGGAGGCGACUGAGGAAUCAUCUUCAUCAAAAAAAUCCGUGAUUUCUGUGAAGAGGACGAGAAGGAAGUGA